AUGGUGGCGACGGAGACUGGUGGCGACGCUGCCAUGGUGAUCAUAUUCAGGGAGUACAACCCCAAAACUGACACCCACAAAGUGGAACAAGUGGAGAGAAGCUGUGAAGUGGGUCCAAGUGGCGAAUACUCCCUCCACGCCGACCUCUUAGGUGACCCGAUUUGCAGAGUUCGCAACUCUCCUGCAUAUCUCAUGCUGGUGGCGGAGAUGGUGGUCAGCGGCAGCGGGACAGAGAUUGUAGGGAUGAUAAGGGGUUGCAUCAAAACGGUUACAUGCGCAAGAAAACUAUGCCGGAAACCCAAUUUUGUGGCAGAACCCUUCCCUGUCUUCACUAAACUCGCCUACAUCUUAGGCCUCCGGGUCUCGCCCUCUCACCGGAGAAUGAAAAUUGGAUUAAAGCUUGUUGGUAGAAUGGAAGAUUGGUUUAAAGAUAACGGUGCUGAAUAUUCGUAUAUAGCAACUGACGCAACUAAUAAACCUUCCGUUAAUCUGUUUACUGGAAAAUGUGGAUACUCAAAGUUCCGCAACCCUUCUAUCUUGGUCCACCCUGUAUUCAAUCACCGCCUUCGCAUCAACCGUCAACUCACAAUUAUUAAACUCUCACCGGCUGACGCUGAAACAAUCUACCGCCGACGGUUCUCCACUACUGAGUUCUUCCCGCGUGACAUAGACUCGGUACUCAAAAACAACCUCAACCUUGGCACAUUCCUCGCGAUACCAAAAGAUUGCAUGCACGCCGUUUUGUGGGCCGGGUCAGAAUGUUUCCUUUCCUACCCACCCGAGUCAUGGGCCAUCAUGAGCGUGUGGAACAGUAAUGACGUUUUUAAGUUGGAAGUUAAGGGAGCAUCGAGAUUAAGAAAAGGAUUUGUCAAAACAACAAGGGUCUUGGAUCGAAUCUUCCCGUUUUUAAACUUGCCUUCAUUACCGAAGAUCUUUAACCCGUUUGGGCUCCAUUUGCUAUAUGGGCUUGGCGGGGAAGGCCCAUCCUAUCUGAAGUUUGCCAAGGCCUUGUUUGGUUACGCUCAUAACUUAGCAAAGGAGAGCAAGUGCGGCGUGGUGGCAACAGAGGUGUCGAAUGAGGAUCCACUCAAAUCAGUGAUCCCACAUUGGAAAGUACUAUCAUUUGCGGAUUUAUGGUGCAUUAAGAGGCUUGAUGAAGACUAUAGUGACGGAUUUAUAGGGGACUGGAGAAAAUCAGAACCAGAUUUAUCUUUUUUCCUUGAUCCUAGAGAAUUUUAGAGAUCGAAGAAUAUUAAAAUGUAAAGUUUAGAGUAGGAGGAAAAGUCU